AUGACCGUCAACAGCAAUGAGGGCGAACGCUUGGUGGCUGAUGGCAACAAGGUGGCCAUCAAGGGUGUGGGAACCAUAAUGGAAAAGGUGGUUCUGCCCAACGGUGAAGAGCGUGAGAUCGAAAUCAAGAACGCGCUAUAUGUUCCAAGUAUGAGCAAGAACCUGCUCUCGGUACCACAGAUUAACAGCCAUGGCAAGUUUCAAGUCGUGUUUGACGGGUCCAAGAUGUAUGUGACUCUCAAGAACUCACAGCAAGUGGUGGCGACUGCGGAUCUCGUGGAUGGACUCUACUGGCUUCGGACGACUCAACGAUCAGCGAAUGUGACAACAAGUGGAACCAGUUGUGCCGAUCUACAUGCGAGAAUGGGUCAUGCUCCAGUCGAUGUACUUCGCAAGAUGAUCGCGACCAACAUGAUCAAGGAUGUGCGAGUCCCUCUCAAGUCGGGUGGAGCAACUACAUGUCGAGGAUGUCAACAAGGGAAAAUGGUCCAAAAACCAUUUCCAAGCAACCGAGACAAGCGCAGCUACGAUACGUUUGAGCUGCUUCAUCUGGACAUCUGCGGGCCCAUGGAAAAGGAUUCGCUCGGUGGCAGCAAAUAUUUGCUGCUGAUCAUCGACGAAGCCAGUGGAUGCAUGAAGGGAUUUUGUCUACGAGUGAAAUCCGAGAGUGAAGACUACAUCCGGAAAUAUAUCACCAUGGUACAGACGCAAUUCUGUAAGAAGGUCAAGUUCGUGCGACACGACGGAGCUCGCGAGUUUGCAACCAACUCGCUUCAGCUGUUCUACGAAGACGAAGGCAUUGAACAGCAGACAACGGUGCCGUAUGCACAUCAAACAAACGGAACAGCAGAGCGUGCCAUUAGGACUAUUGUCACGAUCGGCCGCAGCAUGCUUCAUCAUGCCAAACUGGACAAGUGUUUCUGGGCCGAAGCAGCGAUGACGGCCAUCUACGUCAAGAAUCGACUGCCGUCACCUAAAGUCGUGCACAAGACCCCGUUUGAGAUCGUCUACAACUUGAAACCAAGCGUCAAGCACAUGCGAACAUUCGGAUGUCAGACGUACAUACUGACGCCUAAAGAGAAUCGACUCAAGUGGGAUCCAAAGGCUCGCGCUGGCAUAUUCGUGGGCUACGAAGAAGUUUCGAAGGCAUAUCGUGUUUAUGACAUCGAGGCGGGGCAGGUGGUUAUCAGCCGCGAUGUCAACUUCGACGAGUCCACCUUUGGACUUCAACUGCCGAUCACUGAUGAAGAUGUCGAUGACCUGGACUUCGAAUUGCUGGAUCUUGAUGACGAAGAGCUGCGUCAAAUGGAGUACAAGCAAACAGGCAAGCGCAAGAACCGACUCAAUGAUGAAGAUACAGCAGCUCCACGACCGCGUGCAGUGCGUCAACGACCAGGACUAGAAGAGUCAAGCGCGCCGGAAAACAACUCGUCACGCCAAGAAGAAGACGAAGAAACGAAGGAUUCUGGUGAUUCAACACCGCCUGUGUUUUGGCGUGCGAGUGCAAAUGCCGUUGAAGCAGCAGUGGACUUAUCAGAGCCCUCAACAUUUGAAGCAGCAGUAAGCGGCCCUGACCAAGUGCACUGGAGAAAAGCAAUUCAUGCAGAGCUCGAGUCAAUGCGACUUCGCAGUGUGUUUCGUGCAGCCAAGCUGCCCAAAGUGUUGUUUCUUGAGCGCGAGGCGAAGAGAAAACGAAGCGGAGAGACCGGAGAGAACGAAGCAGAGAACACUUGCUCACUUGAGGGAGGAUUCGAAAGUGAUUGA